AAAAAUGAGUGGGUCAACUUAGCUUCCGGGAAAGAAGGAAGGAGAAAACCCAAGAGUUGGGAAAAGAAGGCAUAUUUUAGUUAUAUGAGGGUAAUGCUAAAGCAAAUGAGCUGGACUUCUCUCUGCUCCCUGCAUGAUUGGCAUUUGGAAUGGGGUACCCUUGAGGCAUUUAGACUGCUUGCAAUCCAUGGAAGAGCAGUUACCACAGAGAUCCUUGGAACAGUCAAACAGAGAUCCUUUCAAAAGAGCUUUUGA